UGUGUUUCUUCUGACCAGAGGGAGUGGGCUCUCCGUGUCACGCAACUUGGGUCAACAUCUGUUAUCUCGCUUUGAUUUUAGGAACAUGGCACCAUUGCAAUUAGUGUUUUCUGGGGUAGCGUUAAGUGUGGAGGUGGAGCAAUUGAAGUCGAAGAUUUCUGGCGUUUGUGACGCCCGCCGUAUUUGGUGCGACGCAGUUCCGGUGGUGAAACAGGAGUCACUGUCAGUCGUUUUGAGUCUUUACUCGACAAAGUAAUCUUAGGAUAUCAGUUAUCCUGUUAGGGCUUUUGUGUUAAAUCCACGGCGCUGUUUCAGGUGCACCGUUUAUGAUCGUCACAGCAGUAUGUAGGAGGACAUUUUCAAGAUGUGGGAAGUACAUGGGACAGAGGAUUGUGUAGUUUCGGUGGAUAAAGUUGUGUGUCAACUGUAGGGUUGAGGAAGUGUCUGUCCGGUGCGAGAGAGACAGGUGGAGGGUGCGAGAGAGACAGGUGGAGGUGGCCAGAGUCAGAGUAGUGCAGGUGUCGUAUGCUGAGGCAGUGAAGAAAGUAGAGGAGGAUGGUUCAAGGGUGAGGGGUCCUGAGAGGAUGCCUGUGAUUAGUGUAUCUGUGCCAGCACAGAGGGAUAGGUCUACGAGUGAUAUAUGCAUCAGUAAGGUUGGCUUCUUAGCCUUCAUAGCUAUGGUUAUCAACUGUACCGCGUAAAUCAGAGAAAAUAGAUGUUGUGGUGCAGAGAAGUAAUUGGGUAUACGAUAUUUGACUUCAGAAGUGUUACAGGGUGUGUUGAGUUGUGGUGUCCUGUCCUCCCAGGCCUGUGGCAUGGUCAAAGUAGUGGAAUGGGGUAGUGUUUUUUUUAAAUGAGUGUAGCGUUAGUAGUAGGAACCAUGAGCUUGGCAAUCAGGGGACAAAUAACAACGACGGACUAGCGACGUUUUCGUCUUUUGUAUGAUGAUGAUGAUGAUGAUUAUUAUUUUAGUUUUUUUAUUCGGUUCAUUACCCGUACAGUUGGUGGCGGCGUGCACAAUUGAAUAAUUGUUGCUACGUGAUGAUGUCGCUACGUUGAGACGCUCAAAUCGAUUGACACGUAGCUACAAUUAGUGAACAAGGAAGAAAAUUAAAAGUAGAGAUAAAUAAAAUACAAGAAAUAAAGCUAGCUAGAUCUGUCAAGAUCUCAAUAUGAACAUAUUUGACCACAGCAUCAAAUUUCAUGCUCUCUUCAAGUUCUCCCAAAUUUCCCACUCUACCCAGUUACACCUGAAGAAUGUCUACUCCAGCUUGGCAGUGUGCAUGUUCGUGGCUGCAGCAGGCUCCUAUGUCCAUGUUGUCACACGGCUCUUUCAGGGUGGUUUGCUGUCACUUCUGUGUUCCCUGGGCAUGAUGGUUUGGUUGUCCAUGAUGCCACACAACUCAGAGACAGAGAAGAAUAGACUGGCUAUCCUUGCAGGGUUUGCUUUCUUCACAGGUGUUGGUCUUGGACCGGCAAUGGACUUUGUCAUUACCAUUAACCCAAGCGUCAUUGUGACAGCCUUCCUUGGAACCUCCAUCAUCUUCAUUUGCUUCACUCUCAGUGCUCUGUACGCCAAGCGUAGGAGCUACCUCUACCUGGGAGGGACUCUGAUGUCUGGAUUGUCCAUCUUGUUCCUUGUGUCUGUGUUGAACAUGUUCUUUGGAUCAGCAAUACUCUUCAAGGCUCACAUGUACAUGGGGCUGGUCAUUAUGUGUGGCUUUGUUCUGUUCGACACUCAGCUCAUCAUUGAGAAAGCCGAGAACGGAGACAAGGACUACGUCUGGCAUUGCGUGGACCUGUUCCUCGACUUUGUGACCAUUUUCAGAAAACUCAUGAUUCUUCUUGCCAUGAAUGAGAAGGACAAGAAGAAAGAAAAGAAGUAAAUGGAAGAAAUCCAAUUGAAGUUUCAAAUAAAAAAUGAUCUGUGACAAGGAACAGAACCAGCAACAAAGCCUCUGUCUGCAAUGCUGUUGGUCCUUUUACUAUUCGUCGUUCUUUGUUAACUUAUGGUAUAUAGUUUUUUUUUGCUUUGUUUUGAGCUUGCAAAAGGAGGUUAAAGGCUGUAUUUUAAGCUGCUGCUGCAGUGAUGAUGCUUGUCCUGUAGAGGGAGUAGUUGUUCUAUGAAGGCCUACAUUCGCAGAGCUGUCUGAACAGUUGUUGUUUUUUGCCAUUAAAAAAACAAAUACAAGAUUUUUCGGCAGGCUGUUUUGAGCUUUUGGAGAUUAAUCAUUGUUUUAUUUUAAGUCGUAAUAUUUUGGUUCGUUGUCAGUGCUAUUCCCGCAAUCUUUUUUGUUUUGUUUAGUUUCUAGAAAGUAUGUGACUGACAUCAUGACCCGUGAUAGUCUUGAGCGCCACUCUCCUUGAGCUUUUUCUAUUAUUGUCUACUGCUCCACUUAUGUAUGUUACCUUGAAGAAUAACCUUAUAAACAAUCUCUUGGUACCGUUUUGGUAAUUCAGAUGACCUUUCAUGAAGAUUUAGUGCACUUUAUGGUGAGCUUUUGUGGCACAAAAAGGACUGGUCAAGGCUGUAGAAUAGAUGGACCAACUGCCGAUGCAUUCUCUCACAAGACUUUUGCCAAUUUGUAUUUUCUUUCAUGUUUUGAUCAUCUGUAUUCUGUGAAAAACACAUUUUAUAAGUGUAAUAAUGAUAAUCUAAUUUGAUACAUUUAUUUAAAUACAUUUAAAAAUG